AUGCUUAUGUCUUUUAAAAAAUAACUAACAACAUAAUAUAAUAUUUUAGAAAUAUCUGCUUAACAUAAUCAAACAUAAUUGUUUGCUUUAGAAUAGAUGCAUAAAAUAAUAUUUAAGUUAUACAAAAUUAAUAUUAGCUAGGGUAUGAGCAAUUUAGUUUAAAAACUUAAAUUAGACUAAAUUAAAGCCCAGAGCAAUAAAAGCUACUAUUUGAUAGACUCAGAAAUGAAUUAAUCAUUUUUAGCUAUAAAUCUGAUGUAAAAUUAUUAACUAUACAUAAAAUAGAUAUUGAUAGUAACUAGAUAAAGUAGGUUUAAUAUUUAGCAAUAGAAAACGAUUGCAGCAUUUCUUGCAUUUAAUAUACUUACUUAGAUUUAUUUUCAAAUCUUUUUAUAUUCCUUUAAAACUUUUUGA